AUGGUUCAUGACCCCGUUUAUUUACUAUUCAAAAACAUUAAUAAAUUAUUUGAAAUGAAAAUCGUCAAAAUUUUACUACUUUUUUGUCUAGUCUUUUCAGUGUUCACAUAAAUUACUUAAGAAGCUCCAAAGGCAAGCAUUAGUAAGAUUUUAUAAUCCAUUUUUAUUAGCUAGUUCUGCCAACUCUGAUUCAACAUAAGGUCCCCCUACUGGUCAAUAAGUUUAAUAAAAUACAACAGGUAUCUAAUUAAGUUUAUGGUUUUUAGGUGGUUAACCACCAGGAAAUACAUAAUAAGGUGGUCUACCCUAGAAUGGAAAGCCAGGAGGUCCACAAAAAGGUGGAAAGGCGAAAAAAUGUUCACAAACACAGCCACAAGUGGGUCCAAACUAAGGAUAGAUGGGAUAAGGCUAAGGUUAAAUGGCGAUAAACUAAGGAUAAAUGGGACAAGGAUAAAGUUAAAUGGGUUCAAACUAGGGAUAGAUGGAACAAGGAUAAAUGGGAUAAGAUUAAGCACAAAUGGAUCCAAAUUAGGGAUAGAUGGGGUAAGGACAAGGUUAAAUGAAUCCUCCAGGCCAAAUGGGAUAAGGAUAAAUGAGUCCAAAUCAAGGAUAAAUGGGACAAGGAUAAACAUAAGGUUAAAUGGGACAAGGAUAAAUGGGAUAAGGAUAAGGAUAAGGGCAAAUGGGUCCAAAUUAAGGGUAAAUGGGACAAGGAUAAGGAUAGAUGAAUCCAAAUCAAGGGUAGAUGGGACAAGGAUAAGGUCAAAUGGAUCCAAACCAAGGAAAAAUGGGACAAGGAUAAGGACAAAUGGGUCCAAAUUAAGGAUAAGGUCAGAUGGGUCAAAACUAAGGAUAAAUGGGACAAGGACAAAUUGGUCCAAAUCAAGGACAAAUGGGAUAUGCACAAGGACAAGGAUAAGGUUAGAUGGGUCCUAACCAAGGAUAAGGAUAAAUGGGUCCAAACCAAGGGUAAAUGGGAUAAGGAUAAGGUCAAAUGGGUCCAAAUCAAGGGUAAAUGGGAUAAGGAUAAGGUCAAAUGGGUCCAAAUCAAGGGUAAAUGGGAUAAGGAUAAGGUCAAAUGGGUCCAAAUCAAGGGUAAAUGGGAUAAGGAUAAGGUCAAAUGGGUCCAAAUCAAGGGUAAAUGGGAUAAGGAUAAGGUCAAAUGGGUCCAAAUCAAGGGUAAAUGGGAUAAGGAUAAGGUCAAAUGGGUCCAAAUCAAGGGUAAAUGGGAUAAGGAUAAGGUCAAAUGGGUCCAAAUCAAGGGUAAAUGGGAUAAGGAUAAGGUCAAAUGGGUCCAAAUCAAGGGUAAAUGGGAUAAGGAUAAGGUCAAAUGGGUCCAAAUCAAGGGUAAAUGGGAUAAGGAUAAGGUCAAAUGGGUCCAAAUCAAGGGUAAAUGGGAUAAGGAUAAGGUCAAAUGGGUCCAAAUCAAGGGUAAAUGGGAUAAGGAUAAGGUCAAAUGGGUCCAAAUCAAGGGUAAAUGGGAUAAGGAUAAGGUCAAAUGGGUCCAAAUCAAGGGUAAAUGGGAUAAGGAUAAGGUCAAAUGGGUCCAAAUCAAGGGUAAAUGGGAUAAGGAUAAGGUCAAAUGGGUCCAAAUCAAGGGUAAAUGGGAUAAGGAUAAGGUCAAAUGGGUCCAAAUCAAGGGUAAAUGGGAUAAGGAUAAGGUCAAAUGGGUCCAAAUCAAGGGUAAAUGGGAUAAGGAUAAGGUCAAAUGGGUCCAAAUCAAGGGUAAAUGGGAUAAGGAUAAGGUCAAAUGGGUCCAAAUCAAGGGUAAAUGGGAUAAGGAUAAGGUCAAAUGGGUCCAAAUCAAGGGUAAAUGGGAUAAGGAUAAGGUCAAAUGGGUCCAAAUCAAGGGCAAAUGGGAUAAGGAUAAGGUCAAAUGGGUCCAAACCAAGGGUAAAUGGGUUAAAAUUAGGGAUAAAUGGGAUAAGGUCAAGGGUAAAAACCAUAAGGACCGCCUUAAUCAAAAGGAUAAUGGACUCAAGACACAUAAAAAUAGGAAGAAUGCGUAGAGAUUACUUGUGCAGAUAAUGAAAUAGUUUUCAAAGAUAGAUGUGUAGCUUAGACUUGUGAAAACUUGGAUAAAGUUUAAGCUAAAUAGGAAGGUGGAAGGAAGAAACUUCCUUUGAAAUUUGAUGGAAAAGCUGAUUUUAAUGACAAUAAAGAUGUUGUAGUGUAAUUAGUAUUCCCUGAUAACAAAGACAAACCUAUUGUAAAACAGGAUGGAAAUGCCAAUGCGUGUAUUGAGAGAUCAAUAUACAGAUAUAGGCCUAGUUUUCUGAGUGAAACAUUAGAUGAUUCACAAAUUACAAGCAGCUAUGAUGAUAAUAAAUAAUUAAGAAUUUGGGAACUCACCAUCUUAAAUGCCGACAUUGAUAGCAAAUUAUUCAAAGAUUAACAAACUGACAAAAUUGUUUAUACAGGCUACUAUUCAGUCAAACUAACAAUCUAAGAGAAGAAAAUAGCUUAAUUCUUUUUCACUUUUUUUGUAGCAGUUGAUUUGAAUGGUAAUGUCAUAACAGCCUAAGCAUAAUCUGAUGCUUAAGAUGAUACCCCUGCUUGUGCAUCUGAAGAUAAUUGUGUAUCAAGAGCAGAAACUGAAGUAGGAUUCUGUAGUGACUAAACCUGCUCUACUCUUGUUAAUCAACCUUAAGUUUAUGCUGGCUAGAACUUCUAUGUAGUUCAGAGAGUCAAAUAGACUGGAUUUGAAUAAUGGAAAGUCGGAGAUGCUGAUAUUACCAUUACUGGAGAUGGAGUCAAUAAAAAAUUGAAGCCAACUACAUAGGAAUAGUAGCCCGGAUAAACUAUUUACAUACUGAAUGUUAAUAUUCUUGCUAAUAAUGUUGAAUUCUCAGUAAAUAGUAAACUCGAAGAUCCAAAUGCAGCUCGUAGAUUUAGGUUUUUACAAGCAUCCACAACUACUGAUGGUACUGAAGUUUCUUCUGGCAAAGCUGUUGGUUCAACAACUUUAGAAUGCAUUAAGAAAGAUGCAAAUUCUUCAUGCCCAAGCGCUGAAGAAGCGAUAGCCUACAAUUAACCAGAUUGCGGAACUAUUGGAUAAAUGGAUUGCAAAAGCAGUUAUGGAAAUAUAUGGUCAUUUGUAAUUUUCACCAUAAUUAUGCUCCUGUAAUGA